AUGGUGCGGGUGUGGAAACCGGAGAGGGUACAGACGCACUUCCAGCCGGCCUGCCCCCGCCGCCACGGCGGCACCUGCCCCCGCCAGGAGCUCGGCGUCGCCGACGUGCUCGGAUACGUGGAGCCCGAGCUGCUCCGGGAUUACUGCAUGAACCCACAGACGGUUCUGCUGCUCCGGGUCAUCGCUGCCUUCUGCUUCCUGGGCAUCCUCUGCAGCCUCUCGGCGUUCCUGCUCGACGUCUUCGGGCCCAAGCACCCGGCGCUGAAGAUCACGCGGCGCUACGCGUUCGCGCACAUCCUCACCGUCCUGCAGUGCGCCACCGUGAUCGGCUUCUGCUACUGGGCCUCGGAGCUGAUCCUGGCACAGCAGCAGCAGCACAAGAAGUACCACGGCUCCCAGGUCUACGUCACCUUCGCCGUGAGCUUCUACCUCGUGGCCGGAGCCGGUGGCGCCUCCAUCCUUGCCACGGCCGCCAACCUGCUGCGCCACUACCCCACCGAGGAAGAGGAGCAGGCCCUGGAGCUGCUGUCGGAGAUGGAGGAGAACGAGCCCUACCCGGCCGAGUACGAGGUGAUCAACCAGUUCCAGCCGCCGCCGGCCUACACGCCGUGACGCUGCCCAGGGCCGUGGAGCAC